AUGCUGUCCCGAUCACUCUUCGCUGCUGCAGCUCUGGCUGUUGUGUCCUAUGCGCAGACCAUCGCCACUUCUAGUGCCAGCUCAGUGGCUGCGGCUACUACUGUCUCACAAGUGAUGCCACCAGCCGCCACGGCCUCCUUCAAUCCCGCAGGUGUUGACUCUACCGAAGCCUUCAACUGGUGCCGUGGUCAACUAAACACUUGCCCUCAGAUCUGUGGCGGUUCUGCUUCGCAAAAUCGAUGUGACUCGAUUCAAUUUACAUACACUUGUGUCUGUGCCAAUGGUACAGUUCCUGACUGCACCGCAUUCUCCGAGACCCUCCCCUACUUCAUCUGCCAAGCAACCUAUGGACAAUGUGUUGACGCACAUCCCAAUGACGCACAAGGCCAGUCGGUAUGUGAAGAGAAUCAACAAUGCGGCACUCGCAACGCUACUGCCGAAGCCCUUGCCGCAACCUCUGCGGCAGCGAGCUCAUCCGCCGCUGAAACCUCAAGCUCGGCGUCUUCAUCAGCUUCCGGCUCUGCUACCGCUGCCAGCAGCUCUACUCCCUCUGCCUCCUCCACCGGUAAUGCUGCAGUGGGUUCGAGCCAACAGCUCGCCACUGGAGCGUUUACCGCUCUCCUGAUAGCUGCGUGCAAGUUCUUGUUGUAG